UCUCUCUGUCUCUCUCAAAAUGCAUGAAUAAUUUUUUUUUAAAAAAGGAAUGAUGUGAUGACACAGGCUACACCGUGGAUGAACCCUGAGAACAUCAUGCAUAAGUGAAAGAAACCAGACAAUAAGACCACGCAUAUUGUAUGAUUCCAUUUGUAUGAAAUGUUCAGAACAGGCUGGUCAGUAGAGAUGGGAAGAUCAGUGGUUGCCAAGGGCUGGGGGAGUGCAGGGAAAACGGCAGGGGGUGAUGGCUAAUGGGUGCGGAUUUUCUUUUUGGGGUGAUGAAAAUGUUCGAAGAUUGACUGUCCUGAUGGUUGUUGCAUAAUGUAGUGAAGGUACUAAAGCCACUGAAUUGUACAUUUAAAUGGAUGAAUGCGGAUUAUAUCUUAAAGCAGUUACCAAAACAAACAAACAAACAAACAACCAGGGAGAGACUCUACCCAAAGCAACUCAGGAAGAAUCAGACACAUCAUAAGACACACCUCUGUGGAGAGUGAUGUUAUCCGUGUUAUUUGCUCUCGAAUCCUCAUGGGGCGCAUCUGAGACCAGAAUCCCAGGACUGUCCCAGGAAGCGUCAGGAGCUGUCACUUGUGGCCUUGCAGCAUAACUGGUGAUCUCACCUUUUCCCAGGAGUGUUUGCUUUCUGCUGACACCUGCCUUUCUCACAGAUGCACACACGAGGCUGCUUCUACAUCACCUACUGCCCCCUCCUCCAGCCCCUGAGCCUCACACCUGUUCUCACACCUGUACUGCAAAGCCAGCAGCACUUUAUUUUUAGUCCAGAUUAUACCCUAUCUGGGUCAGCCGGAGCGCAUAGCUUCAGUGGUCCUUCUGCUGGCCCUUGCCUCCAGAUGGACACCUGUCGGCUUUCAACUGGACUGUCCUCCCCCGCCACCCAGCCCGCCGCGGGUUCCCACGUUUUACAGAAUCAGCUCAAAGGUGGGGAAAGUGGGAGCUCCUCUAUCCUCUCUACAACCACUGCCAUCUGCUGGCCAAAUGGUGGUGCAGCGGACAUGGUGUCUCCUCUGCUUGCCUUUCCUUCCCGGACUUGGAGCCUGCAUUACAGAGUCCUGGAGGCCCCCGGAAGCACGCCGACCUGCCCACGUUCUUUGGUGUCCUAGCAACCAGAAGCUCUCACCUGAGCUCCGGCCAGCACAGAGGCCAUUUUCUCUCUGACCGCCAUGACCUGCAGCCUCCCUGGGCCUCUGAGGACCUGUCUGCACAGCUCGUGUAUCCCCUGAAAGCCACCACUUGUCCCUGUGGACGCCCAGAAGCCCAGCCCAGCCUCCCCUCCUUGCAGAAUGAGCUUCUCGCUCACAUUCUCUGAGCUGGUCAACAUCGCCAUCCCGCAGUGCGGGGUGGUGAACUUCAAGGCCCUGCACCUCCUGCUCCAGGGCAUCCUGGAGCACAUCCACCUGGCUGAGCUCAAGAAGGUCCUCUCGGGAGACGAGGACUUUCUCCAAACCCCGCUGGCCGCGUUCAUGCCCCGGGAAGCAGACGCCCAGCCCAUCCUGCACCCCAUGAAGAGGCUCAGCAACGUCUUUGACCACGUGGUGAGCCGCAUCGACAAGAUGGAGAGCCAGCUGGCCAUGCUGCAGGACCUGCCAUCCACUUCCCAGCUGCUGGAGGGCAGCCGGGGCAAGGGCCAGCCCGCCCAGGAUCUGUGGCACCUGAUAAAGCUCCGGAAGAUGGUGGAAAGCAAUGAAGAAGCCAUCGCAAAGUCCAUGAAGAUUCUGCAGGAUUUGCUCACUGACAUUUAUGCACUCAAGGUCUCCACUGAAACUCUCAGAAAGGAUAUGGACAAACUAAAGGACAUACUUGAAAAGAUGCACCCAGAAAGAAUGGAUACUUUCUUGGAGGAUCUGAGAGGACAGACCCAGAAGAUAAGUGUGCUGCAGCGGAAAGUGGUUUCUCUCCAGAGCAAGAUCCUCACCAUCCCCAAAGCUGAGGACAUGGUGCUCUGGAGCAGCCUCCAUGAAGCCAUGUUCAGCCCCGGAACUUUAACACAAGGAACCAGUUCACUACGGUUUGAUGAUUCGGAGCUGUUGCAGAUUGUGGAUCAGCCCCCAAAGACAGAUCAUCCCCAGACCACGGAGUACCCUGAAGCUGUUCGUCGUGUCCCGGUCUCAGGGGUCACCGAGCGCCCCAGGUUACCGGAGUCUGCCUGGCAUUACGAAAUCCUGGAGGAGCUACAGGAGGAGGAAUCUGCCCAAGCUGUUCUACUCGCCGGGGCCCAGGGGCCAGGGCAGCCUCAAGUGCCCGAGCCCGGAUCUGCGCCCGAGCCUGAGCCUGAGUCCGAGCCUGGGUCUGCGCCCGAGCCUGGGCCUGCGCCCGAGCCUGGGCCUGGGCCCGAGCCUGGGUCUGCGCCCGAGCCUGGGCCUGGGCCCGAGCCUGGGUCUGCGCCCGAGCCUCCGCCUGGGCCCACGCGGAGGCCACAGCCUAAGCCCACUCCUGCACCAGGGCCUGUGGUGGGGCCUAGUCUGACACCUGGAUUCCUACUAGCACCUGGGCCUGCCCUCAGACCUGGGGCCGCCCUUGCCCCUGAGGCUGUGUCUGGGCCUGCACCUGCCCCAGGGUUUCAGCCCACACCACCAGCAGGCUGGCGUCUUCCCAGAGGCUGGUCCAGAGCUAGCAGUUGGCCUUCCGGGGUCUCGGGCUCCUUGCAGCUUGGCCCAGACCCAUCAGGCCUCCUGCCUGCACAGUCCCAGGGAUUCAGGGCCCCCCCACCAGCCACGGAGUUUGGCUCCGCUUGGCCCUGUCCACUGUGGUCACAGUCCAGCCACGCACAGGUACAUCUGCUGCCGGCUGUCUCAGAAAAUCAAGAAGAAUAUUUAUCCCACGACAUGCCAGCUCCUCAGGCCAGGACCCCCAGGGCUGAGGACCCCAAAGCAGCACCCCCCAAGGCUCCCCCAUCUUCCCUUCAGCGGUUGAAGACCACCGCCACCAUUGCGGCUGCCGCCGCCGCCUCCUACGCAAAGGCCGCCACAUUGGCAGCCCGGCAAGCUGAGGCCGCCACCAAGGCCAUCAAAAAUGCCCCGGCCACCAAGUUGGCCACCAUAGCAACAUCCGUGGCUGCAUCUGGGCCCCUAGGGGUUUUUGCAGACAUCCUGGGCGCGGGAUCUUCCCGUGGGGCCUUGGCCUCUGUGUCCUUGGCUGAGGACACCAAGGCAGAAGACUUGCAGGGGUACAGCGAAGACUUCUAUCCCCCAUACUCUGCUGCCAGCAUCUCCCCCGGUAAGGCCUUGUCCCAGGCCAUGCUGGCUGCCCAGAAUGCCGUGACCACCGAGGACAAGAAGGAGGCUGUCAGGUACUCCAUGGGCCACAUAGCCCAGAUGCCCAUUAGACACGACUCCCUGAAAGAAGAUUUUGCACAGCUGUCGUCCAGCCUUCAGCAGCGCUUGACUUAUCUAGCUAAUCUGGGAGCCUCUUCUAAGCUCGGCACAACAGUGGAUGUACUGCAGGAAAAGAUUGGGAACCUCCAGAGAUCCAGGAUGAAGGAGGAGGAACUUGAAAGAAUUUGGGGCCACCAAAUAGAGAUAAUAAAGGAUCACCACCUCGUGCUGGACAGGGCAGUGGAAAAGCUCCAGACUCGCCUGGGUGACUUGAAGAUUGUCCAUGCUCAAAUUAAAAACCUCGAAAUGCACAAGGUGGACAAAAGUGUGAUGGAGCAGGAGCUGAAAGAGAAAGCCGACAGGAGCACCCUGGCAGGCAAGGCGAGCCGAGCUGACCUGGAGACAGUGGCGAUGGAGCUGAAUGAGAUGAUUCAGAGCAUGCUCUUCAGGGUCGUGACCCACGAGAAUGACUGGAAGAAGACUGCGGAGAAGCUGAGCAAGGACCUGAGCACCAAGCUGGCCCAUAGUGAUUUGGAUGACCUGAAGAAAGACGUGGAUGAGGUCUGGAAAACAGUCAGGAAGCUGCUGAUUGAAGGCCUCCGAUUUGACCCUGACAGUGCUGCUGGCUUUAGGAAGAAACUGUUUGAGCGGGUGAAAUGCAUCUCCUGUGACCGGCCCGUGGAGAUGAUGACCGGCCCGCAACUCAUCACCAUACGCAAAGCCCACCUCCUCUCGCGGCUGCGCCCCGCCAGUGCCAACAGCUAUGAGUACCUGCAGCGGCAACGGAUGAGGGAACACCAGCAGCUACAGCAGCUUCAGGAUCUUGAAGACCAGGACAGGAGUCUGGAUGCGCUGGGACCCCAGCAGGACUGGGGCGACGGCCCCGGCAAUGAUGCCAACCUCAAGUUCAAGUCCUAUGACUUGUCAACAUUCUACCCCUACGGGGACCCUGAGGUGUUGGACUAUGACACAGCCGAGGUGGACAUUCUGGGAGUGGACGGGAUCCUGUACAAGGGCCGAAUGAUCAACCAGGAUGGGGCACGGCCUUCGACGGGCAUGGAGAAGGAGCUGGCAGCUGUGAAGGUUCCGCAUCCCCCAACUCGAAGCCUGUGUGACCGUGAACGCCCGAGUACCUUGUUUGGUGCCAUCUACCCCCGCCUGCACCCCCGGAAGAGUGUGUGCUCAGCCACCUCGGGCUCCCAGCCUCCGAUGCCAGCUCGGCCUCCAUCGCUGCCGCCCCUGCCCCUGCUGCCACCACUGACGCCAUCCCAGGGGGACCCCCAGCAGGUCCCGCGGCCUGCCCGGCACACACGACCUCUGCGCCUCGAGUCCCGAGCCAGCACGCAGCCUGCCAACCCGACUGUGUCUAAAUGAGGCCAAGCUUUUCCUGACCCGGGUGACUUACCUGUCCCAGACACCUUGGGGGGCACCAGCUGGUGCAGUCCUGGACCCUGCACCCACCCCCGUAUCACAGAUGAGUAUUUUUGGCACGUUCUCCCCAUAAUAAAAUCUUUCACUUUUUUGACUGUGGAUGAGGGUGACUGGCCUGGCACCCCCUGCAGAGGGGGCCUUGUCUGCCCCACGUGGGUGGGUGGACCUGCUGGUCCCUACUCAGGCCCCCACCCCAAGGUCAACCUCCCAGAGCCGCUGGCCAGAACCACCCUGGCUGAGUCCCAGCAGAGAAUCAACAGCAAAGCUUCUUGCCUCUGCCACGUUUCCCACCACGGCAAAGUGUCCUGAGCCUGCCCUAGCCCUGUGUUCUGGGAAGAUCGGAGGUCUGGGGGCAGGGGUAGUGAUGUGAUUGGCCCAGGUUUGCUCAGGGAGGCCUCAGCUCUCCAGCGCCCGGCCAGGAGCUGUCCUCUUUGGGUGUUGCUCACGGGUAUGAGGUCCCCAACUUCCAUCACCUCCCACGUCAGGAAAGAGAGGUGCAGCCCGGACUCAGGCAAAGCGUCCCAUGCCAGGCUUGUCCCCUGCAGCCCUGACCCUCAGGCACCCACACAGGCAGGAUUCUCAGACCCUCCUCUCCAUCCCCGCUGGCCCCCGCAAAGCUGUCUUCCCAGCCAUUUCUCAGAUUUACAGAGGGAAUCGUGCCUGAGUUGGUUCCUGUAGCUCAGGCAUUGAGGAGUGAGGCCCAAGGAGGUCACGGUGCAACCAUUUGCCCCGACAGGCUCCUUGGUGUUUUGGAAGGUGGGGAUACCCAACAGCAGCCAGCCGGGAGCGAUGCCAGAGGAUGACAGUCCUGUCCCCCAUAGGGGUUGUGGGGGAACAAGCCAGCUUUUGGUCUGGUCCCAGAUGGGAGCUGCAGGCAGAAUCCUUGCCCCUCCCCUCUUCCAACCCCAGAGGGUGGGGCCUGCAGGGAACUGGGAGGGAAGUGCUCAGGAAGUAGCCACCCCAGGCCAGCAGGGAAAGGUGCCUGGGGAGCAGACAGAACCAAGAUGGGGUCAGCAGAGUGGGAAUCUCAGGAGGUCCUGGGUUUGGCCUCCUCCUCUGCCAGGGGGACAUGGUUCCUGGCCUGGGAUGCAGCGGCCGUGCCGGGCUGGACCAGGAGGAAGGGAACCAACCGUGCCAGUCAUGCGGGCUGGCCUGGUGUGGGGCUGCAAAAUGAGUUGGGCAGGAGGGGGAGAGAGAGGCCUCUUGCCAAGCGGAGGGUCCUGCUUUGGGGGGCUGCUGGAAAGGAGAUGCUGACUGACGACCACCCUGCACCCCCAACACAGCCCACAGCCCACCGCUGCAGGUGAAAGGGUCACUGAACAUUUCUACCUUCCAAAGACGACGAACUCCGUAACUCUAAGGUAUAAACAACCAACGAGAGCCGGUUCCCAAGGCAAGUCGCCAACAGCGGAGAGCUGAGGUGCUGGAAGGGCAGGCCUUCUGUGCAGGGACCUCCUCCACUAAAAUCAGCGCACACCGGUGUCCCUGGCUUGACCCCCGACUCGCUGCGGUUCUAGGGGCUGUAGGCAGAGAACCACCAAACCAACACACAACCGCCAGAGAAAGGCUUCUUUUCGCAGUCCCCCUCAUCUUGCUCGUGGCUUCCCCGGGAUCCACGGAAAACGACCCCACCAACACGUGCAGCUCUUAUCCCCCAGAAGAGGAGAAACGGCCCCCAAGAGCAGAGCAGAUCGCUGCCAUCGGGUUCCCAGCACCUCGUGCUGUGCCCCCGACACGCCCUCGGCCAGCCUGGGAGUGGGUCUGAGAGGACCCAGCGCCCCCCUCCCCUAAAGGAGCUGAGUUCUCCUAAGGCUCCUAUGAAACACAUAUCGCCCAAACAUAAGCUGUGGCUAAGCAACCAGAGACCUUCCCAAAGGCAGGAAUUGCAAAGAACCUCGCAUCAAGAGAUCUCCUUUUGUCCGGCACAGGCGGCCUCCCCAGCACUGGCCCCGGGAAGUAACCAGCCUCAAAGCACUCAUCUGUCCUCAGAGGAGUCCUGACGUAAAAGCCCCUCAGAGACCUCCAGGGCCGUGGCAGCCCUGCCCACUGCCGGGCUCGGGGGCCGGCCUUGGGGACAGCAUGCUUUCCUGCGGCCGGCCACAACGUGUUCUUAGAGAAACCUGGGAAGACCCUGGGAACAUCCCUUUCAUCCGAGAAUCCGAAGAACAAGCCCCUUUUUUCAGCUGUCUCAAGGAGGAGCCCUGCCUGCCCACAGAAAGCGUUUUAGCGUCUCCAUCUACCAGGUGCCCCCCUCCGUCCCCGCGGAGCAGGGCUUUUACUUCUGAAGCUCUUCCUGGUGAAAAACAAGAUCCCCUCCAGAUCCCGAUUUGGAGACAGGAACUGGACACACGUCUGUGGCCAGUGGAGGGGGCUGACUGAUGACAGGCAGGCUGGCUGGGUCCCCCCUCUGAUGGUCAGCUUCAGCCCGUUGUGACCUCGCGGGAACCCGGGCCAGCUGUUUAUUUCCAAGAUCGGCCAGAAGUGAGACUUUUUGUGCAGACUCCAGUGAUUAAAUGUCGGCAGGCCAUCCUGAGAGAGAUGGAGCAUCGUUUGAGCCAAGCUGCACAUGUCAGGGGACUAUGGGUUUGCAAAGCCCCAAAUUAGCAUGCCCAGGCGCUUUAACGGCAGACCGGAAAGAUGCACCCACUGCUCAUCACCUGGGGAGGCUAGACCAUCCCACGUGCUGCCAUGUCCACUCUUCAGGAAUGAGAUACUCGGAGCUCAAAUUGUCCUUUCAAGCACUUCAAGGAUGCAGACAGGGUUUUUUAGAGCAGAACUUUGGAAACAGUCAUUUGAGCUCAAGUCUGGCAGGCAGGUAGGGGGUGACCAUGCCCAGAAGACGCUGGGCUUUUAGGUGACAAGGCCAGGUCCAAGGAGGUGCCAAGGUGGACAGCCAAGGAUGGCUGUGUCUGUUCCCUUCCACUUAUGCACCCAGUACCUUUGCUUUUCAGCCAACUUACACUUUGAACAUGUUAAUAGACGGUUACAGACUCGUU